UUACCUCCUCAGUCUGGACACAUAACUACUUCAAUCUCUCUCUCUCUCAACUCAACCCUUUAGCUGUUUUAUGUUCUUGUUACUUCUCCUAUGCACUAAAAUAAAACUGCUUUUUCCACUUUCUUCUUCUUCUUCUUACCUUUCACUAUUUGUUUCCUCUUUCUCCUGUUAAAUAUUCUCUUAUGUUAUAUAAGAUGAAAUCAGCAAGUGUUAAAGAUAACACGAAUCUCCUAACUCAUUACCAAUCUUGUUAUUCUUCUCCUUCCAUGGGAACUGUCUAUGCAAAUAUGGAUUCUCUAUCACUUCACUAUGCUGCUUCUUCUUCAUCUCAAGACUGCUAUGUCUCUAAGGAGGGUACUUCUACGAACUGGUCUUCACCACUUAUGAGAGAAUGUUAUCUUACAAGAAACUUUGAAGAAAACAGCAACAGUGAUGAUGUUGGGGAAGGAAAUGGUUCUGAUUCUGGUGAUGGUGUUGAAGAAAACAGUCACAAAAUUAACCUAAAUGAAGAGCCCAACCCUAAUGAGAAUAAUACUGGACAUUCUAAACUAUGUGCGAGAGGUCAUUGGAGACCUGCAGAAGAUUCUAAGCUCAAAGAACUUGUUGCUCUAUAUGGUCCUCAGAACUGGAACCUCAUUGCUGAAAAGCUACAAGGAAGAUCAGGUAAGAGUUGUAGACUUAGAUGGUUCAACCAGUUAGAUCCAAGAAUAAACAGAAGAGCUUUUAGUGAAGAAGAGGAAGAAAGACUAAUGCAAGCUCAUAGGAUUUAUGGAAACAAAUGGGCUAUGAUUGCAAGGCUUUUCCCUGGAAGAACCGAUAACGCAGUUAAGAAUCACUGGCAUGUUAUAAUGGCUAGAAAGUACAGAGAACAAUCAAGUGCUUACAGGAGAAGGAAGCUGAGUCAAUCGAUUUACAGAAGAAUAGAAGAUAACACAACAAGCUUUGUCUCAAGAGAUAUAGAUCCAGUUUCUUCAUCCUAUUCUUCUUUCAACUUCCCAAAUGCCUAUAAUAUCACUACUUUUCCAUAUCCAUCUAUUCAGGCUGGUGUUGAGUGUGGCUUAAAUGGUUCAUCUUCCAUGAAUGGUGUCAAAGAAGCAAUCUCAAGCAACAAACAGUCCCUUUCUCCUAUUCAUUUCUUUUCAGGAGCUAAUAGUAAUAUGUAUAAUCAACCAAUGGGUUUCUGCCAUAAUUAUCCCCAAUAUAUGAUGCCAAUGCAGCAACAACAACAAAGCAACAAUCACAACAACAAUAAUUCUAACAUUUAUAGUUUCUCAUCAAAUUCAACCACAGCAGCGACAAGAGCACAAAUAUUGAACAGUGAAGUUUCACUAUCAUCGGUGGCAGCAGAAGAAAGAAAUCAAGUUCUGAUGAGUAAUCCCCCUCCACCUUCAGAUGCAACUCCAUUUAUUGAUUUUCUUGGAGUAGGAGCCACAUGAAUCAAAGUUACAAACCAAUAACAAAAUCUGCUUCCAUUGAAGCUUCUCAAUAUAGGUGUGGUCCAACAUAAAGGAGAAGCCAUUAGAGGUAAACUGAAAGGAUAGUUGCUUUGGUUUGGUCACACUUCUGUUCAUAUCACCUUCCAAUGGGGACUCUCUCCAAACUUCAAUAAAAUUCAUAACAAUAAUAAUAAUAUAAUUCAAUUUUAUUAAUAUUACUUUAACUUUUCUAUAUUCAUUAAAUGAAUCCAUCUUAUCUGAAAUAUCUUUGUCUACAAUGUUUUUUAUUUUGUUUCCUUUAUGUUGAAUGUGUCAAGAAAGCCAAAUGAAGAUUGAUAUUGAUAUGGAUCAUGAUAUUAAAUAUGUCAUGAAACAUUCUCUAUGCUACUUAGAAUAGGGCUAAUUUGUUAAGCAUAAAAGGUAAGAGGUUAUUAUUUUAUUAAAACAAUUUAGGAAUCAAAAAGGACUUGAAUAGAAUAGAAUAGAAUAUAAUGCAUACGUGCAAAAGGCUAGGGAAGGACAAGCAAAUAUAGUCCUUAUUUUAAGGCUACUUUUUGGGAUUAUAAAUAUGUUUGUUUCAAUUUGAAAUUGCUAUUCAAACAAGGGUGUUUGACUUUUGGGGGAAAGGUGAUGGAAUUGAUGAAGAUAGAUAAGAAGAAAUGAGAACAUACUUUCUUCAUGGGUCUUUGGUAUGCAAUAACUAUUGCACAAAUUCAGCAAGCAAUGCAUUUAAGAUGGUUGAAGUGUUUAACAGCUUCCCCUCCUCAUCAGCACAAUUUUGCUCUCAAAUUAAGUUCAUGACACUCACAUGGAUGAUGUUGCUUUAUACUAACUGAAUUCUUUUUGUGAUACUACUACUUGUCUUUCAUGGUAAAGUUUAUUUCUCAACUAGGUGGUUUGGUGGAAUUCGGCAUUCAUUUUAAACUAUUUCAAAUCUUAGGUAUAUUCAAGAAUUACUGUACAUUUAAGACAUCAAAAUGAUAUUAUUAAAUAAGACAAAUAUGGGUAUUACUUUA